UACGUCACUCGCUCAGUCUUCUGCUGAACUUUGUCGAAUAUCCUCGACGCCUGUGAUUGGUCGGCACAGCUGUCUGUCUCCGCGAGGAAAUUCGUGAUUGGUUAGAGUUUCUCGGGGCGGGUUAUCUCGCAGGAAAGGAGGACAGCGUUGCUUAUGGUCAGUAUGGUGAUGAGAUUGUACAGGCCCAAAGUGGGCACUCCUGAACGUAGCUUUCUGUAUGGCGGCUGUGGGCCCUUGACCAGCUCCAGCUAUGAUGAUUCACGGUUUCAAAAGUAGUAAUCAAGAAUAUAGCUUUGGACCAUGGAAAGUGGCAGCUAUCAAAACGCACAUCAUGAAGUCGGCCGAUGUGGAGAAACUGGCAGAGCAGAUGAACAUGCCCUGUCUUCCAGAGAUGAUGUUUGGGGACAAUGUCUUAAGAAUUCAACAUUCCUCUGGAUUUGGUAUUGAGUUCACAGCAGAGGAUGCACUUAGAAGAGUGAAUAAGAACCAGGGAGUUGUCAAAGUAGCUUGUGCUGAAGAAUGGCAAGAAAGUAGAUCAGAAAGUGAGCACAGCAAGGAAAUUGUGAAGCCUUAUGACUGGACAUACACAACUGACUACAAGGGAACCUUGCUGGGUAAUGACCUGACAUUUAAUGUUGUUCCCACAACAGAACGUAUUAAUACAGAGAAACUGAAGGCAAGAGAACAGAUCAUGUUUUUUGAGGAGGUGCUACUGUUUGAAGAUGAACUUCAUGACCACGGAGUGUCUAGCUUGAGUGUGAAGAUCAGAGUUAUGCCCUCCGGCUUUUUUCUUCUCCUAAGGUUCUUCCUCAGGGUGGAUGGAGUUCUUAUUCGAAUGCAUGACACUCGUCUUUACCAUGAAUCCGACAAGACAUACAUGUUGAGAGAAUACACAUCCAGGGAAAGUAAAAUAAGUAACUUAAGUCAUUUGCCCCCUCCCCUCUUCACUGAGCCUAAUGAAAUCUCUCAGUACUUGCCCGUUACAGAAACCAUUUAUGAGAAGUUAGAAUUCCCCACAUUACCACAGGUAGAGAUCGGUGACUCUUCUGGGCAGGUAAACCAGCCUGUGCCAUAGACGCCUAGGGAGUUAAGUGUCUUGAAUAGAAAAUGUGAACUGAUGUUCACAGCACCAUUGAUCACUCUGAAUAUUUGUGCCCCCAAAACAUUAUUACAUAAUAAUUUGAUGUUCAAGUAACUACAUGAGUUUACAUGUUUUAACAGGUCUCACAAAUGCAAGAUGCCUUAGGUUGUAUCUCUCUGUAUAUGAAAUCCACUUUCUGACCCAUAGCAUAAUUGACUCCAAGCAAUGAGCAGUGUAUUCUUAUCGUGCUCCUGGAUCACAUCUCAGUUUUUCACUGCAAUACAUUAGGAAGUAUUGACACGUAGGUCUCAAUAAGACCUACUACUUUUCAAGAAGACAAUUUAAUAAAAAAAUGAUGAAAAAUAAUAGUGUCUGACUUAGCUAAUUAUUUACCACAUAAAAAGAAACCUAUUGAAUUGCAAAUUGGUCUUUUAUAGGGGUGGUCUGUUUUCUGUGCAUAAUGUAUGGUGGACUAAAAACCCAUCAUAAAAAAUCUGGUCUGGAUAAGAAAUUUCACUAUAUAAUUGGUAUGUUUUCCAUGACUCUAUACUGUCUUGACCACAAUGUCCUUUUAUAAUUUCUAUAAUACAAAACUUUUGCUUUGAUGUGGAUAAUAAAGCAAAAUCCCUCUGGGGAAAAAAAAAACCCUGAAAAUAAUGAAUGCACUGCAGACUCAAAAACCCACAUUAUUGUUGUGGACUCCUCAUAGAAAAGAUGAAGGCUAAUCUGUGCAUGAAUGUGCUGGCCUAUCAGUAGCAGUUUUGGAUUUUCCAAAAAAUGUACGCUGCGUAAACAUGGCCUUAGUUAUAGUAAUAAACAUGCAUGUUCAUCUUUGCCCAGAAUGCAUAGGUUUUCAGUACAGAAAAGGCAAUAAGUUGUUUUUAGACACCUUUGGUACUAGAUUAUCUCCUUUUGAGUAUAAAAGUUUAAUUUUAGCACACCCUCAACAUCUGCUGUUGAGGGUCUGGAGUCUGGACAUCCAUAUACAAAUCCGAUGGACAGCCAUUCUUGCUGAAGUCAGUAGAUUGGGUGACAUUCAUCUAACUGGCCUCUAUAUAAUGGGGAUUUGGACUUAAAGGUCUCUGAAGCUGCUUGAAAACAAAAAUAUGAAUCUUUCUUGCACCUGCCACCGCCAUUAUCCCGUAUUCAGUCCAAUUGCACAGCAAGCUGUGUUUUGAGGUUGGCUUGUACACUGCCCAAUGAAUGGCCUCAGAGGUGUCCAAGCUCAUCUGGUAGUGCCUGCGCCGACCCCCAAACACAGCAAGCGAUGUGCAAUGGGUCUGGCACCAGGAGAGCUGCGGCAUUGGUGGGAGUGGGAAAGGUAAGUAUAUGCAUUUUUUUAUGUUUUCAAGCAGACUAGUAGUCCAUCAAAAAAUUUUUUUUAUACCAUGUCAAUUACCCCCAUGUCCAAAAAUGCAGCAGUACCUCAGAUCUACAUUGACUGGAAGUUGUGCUCCUCCAUAGUAUCUGUAAAGUCCGACACCCAUAUGCAGCUGCUCGUCGCCAUCUGGUGCACAGUUUCAUAAUCCCCAUCGCGCUGUGCGGGCCCUCCCUGCCGCAAGUCGGGUCCUCCCUGAUGAUCAAUGUUUAGGGCAUGCUCAGCCUGCAUUGGCUAGACUGAGCAAACACCCAGGAUGCAGGGAUCCAAUGACUGAGCUGCAUGCGCAUUCAGCAGUCCCGGCUCUGGCCCAUGUGACCCUAACCAGCAGUCUGCAGCUCCUGGGCCUGUGCUGUAGCUAUAUGAGCACAGUAGUAUGCUACUAUAUUGGAUAUGGAGAUGUUUCCUUAUAUGUAUGUCUUGUUAUUAAUAAAGCCAUCUCAGGUC